AGCAGAUCCAUUUCCGGGUUGGCAAAAGGGGCGGCGGCGGCGGCGGCGGCGGCGAGAAAGGGAGCUUGCUGGGGGGCGAGCUGGACGCGCCGAAGCCAGAGCAGAGGUGGCGGGAGGAUUCGUUCCCGGAGCAGCCGCGGCCAGGUAUAUGAGUGACCUAACGCAAAAUAGAACGGAGAGAGAAAGCAGUGCCAACUGCGAACUGGGCAAGCAUGCCAAUUCCUCCUCCGCCUCCACCCCCACCUGGUCCUCCUCCGCCUCCCACUUUUAAUCAGGCAAACACAGAACCGCCCAGACUGAGUAGAGAUGAGCAGCGGGGUCGUGGUGCACUCUUACAGGACAUCUGCAAAGGGACCAAGCUGAAGAAGGUGACCAAUAUCAACGAUCGGAGUGCACCUAUCCUUGAGAAAUCCAAAGGAAGCAGUGGUGGUUAUGGCUCUGGAGCAGCUGCCCUGCAACCCAAGGGAGGCCUCUUCCAAGGAGGAGUGCCAAAGCUUCGACCUGUGGGCACCAAGGACGUUUCAGAGAACCUCCCUGGCAAGCCAGCCCUGCAAGUCCCCAGUUCCCGAGCUGCUGCCCCAAGGCCUCCAGUGUCAACAGCCAGUGGUCGCCCUCAAGAUGAUGCAGACAACCGAGCCUCACUCCCAGAACUGCCUAGGAUGCAGAGACCCUCAUUACCAGACCUGUCUCGGCCUAACACCCCCAGCAGUACGGGCAUGAAGCACAGUUCCUCUGCCCCUCCUCCACCACCUCCUGGGCGGCGAGCCAACGCGCCCGCUACACCUCUGCCUAUGCACAGCAGCAAAGCCCCAGCCUACAACAGAGAAAAACCUUUGCCGCCAACACCUGGACAGAGGCUUCACCCUGGUCGAGAGGGACCUCCUGCUCCACCCCCAGUGAAACCACCACCUUCCCCUGUGAAUAUCAGAACGGGACUAAGUGGCCAGUCUCUGGCUCCUCCUCCUCCGCCUUAUCGCCAGCCUCCAGGGGUCCCUAAUGGGCCCUCCAGUCCCACUAAUGAAUCAGCCCCUGAGCUGCCACAGAGACACAAUUCUUUGCAUAGGAAGACACCAGGGCCUGCCAGAGGCCUAGCACCUCCUCCACCCACCUCAGUGUCCCCCUCAUUACAGAGUAAUAGGCCUCCUCCCCCAGCCCGAGACCCUCCUAGUCGGGGAGCAGCUCCUCCACCACCACCACCCAUGGUCCGCAAUGGUGCCAGGGACGCUCCUCCUCCCCCCCCACCAUACCGAAUGCAUGGGUCAGAACCCACGAGCCGAGGAAAGCCCCCUCCUCCACCUUCAAGGACGCCAGCCGGACCACCCCCACCUCCCCCGCCACCCUUGAGGAAUGGCCACAGGGACUCUAUUACCACCGUCCGAUCUUUCUGGGAUGAUUUUGAGUCAAAGUAUUCUUUCCAUCCAGUAGAAGACUUUCCUGCUCCAGAAGAAUAUAAACACUUUCAGAGAAUAUAUCCUAGCAAAACUAACCGAGUUGCCCGUGGAGCCCCACCUCUGCCACCCAUUCUCAGGUGAAGCCCAGCUUGGUCCUGUUCCUCAGGAAAAGGAUGGACCCAUUCCUCUUCUCAGAUGGCCCCUUCCAUCCCCCCUGAAAACCUGCAUGAGAGCUCCUACUGUGUUUCUUCAGUGCAACCAACCUCUAGACUCCAAGCGCCCCCCCUAGCUCACCUCCAUCUAUACAUCUCGUCGCUGGACUCGGUGAUCAGACUCUUGACAUUGACAGUAGGGUCUCAAACCCUGUAUCCAUCCCUCCUUUAGUGAGCCCCGCUAGCCAGAUGAGGAAAGAACUUCCGUGUCUCCUGCUUUCCUCUUGGGGAAUGGUGCCUUGUUGAGAUGAAUUAACUCACUGUUGGGGCAAGGUGGAGAAUGGUACUCUUACUGCUUCCUCACUAUGGAGGAAUGUUGGCAGGUAUAUUAUAUUUCAUCAUUUAGGAGGCUGACAUGGCCAGAACUUCUGGGGGGUGGACAUUUUUAGUGUAACAGGAAAGAAAGUUGUAAAGAAAUGAUCUGUUUUAAAGGUCAAGUUGGAGAAAGGGCAAGAAUAUGGGUCUGCUUUAUUAAUAAGGAUAUUUUUGUUUUUGUUUUCACCCCAUCCUAUAUCCUUACUAUAGGGAAAAGUGAGAUAUAAACACUAAAUACUAAUCAGUUGAACUAAACAACUAAUAAAAAGAAAGGGCAGAAUAAAUUGGGACCCUUUUAAAACGACCAGGGGUCUUCUGAUUCUUCUGGGACUCCCUACCCCAAAUCCUUAGGGUGCUGAGACUGAGCGGACUGAGCGGUGUUAUUUCUUCCACUACUACUCAUCGACUUGAGAGAAAAGCCUCUUUCAUUCAUCAUUCACUCAUUCCAGAUUCAUACACCCCAAGACCUCCAGGAAGAUUGGGCUUGGACCUUGGUCUGUACCUGACCUUGAGUCUGCUUCAGUCUUUUCUGACUGUCCUGUCCUGAAACUGUAGCCCUUGCUGAGUGCUCCAAGAUGACAUGGAAGGAAAAGGUGAAAUGAGCCUCCUGAUAGGGACCAACUCUUUGGAUCACCAAAGAUUAAUUCCUGCUUGUUCUGUAAUUUAAAACCCACCUGACUACUGACUGAACAGGCUUUUCAUCUUCCUUUCUCCAUAACCCUUGCUUUUCUGAAACUUGCAGGGGUUAGCAAAAGAGUAGAAGAGAGAGGAAGCUAUUUUUUUUUUCCCCUAAGGGGGGAGGUUGGUAGUCAAAAGACUUCUCUGCCAAGAAGCACAACGACUGUGGUGAGGUGUUUGAUCUUCCUUGGCAGUCAGCAAUAUAUUGUUUAUUCAUAUUCCAGGUCCUAGUUAAAAAGCACAGAGAAAAUUAAGGUUCCUAGUCUAGGUAGGAACUGUGUCUGGAUGAGGGGACAAGGACUUCACCUGCAUCAUGGGGUUCUUGAGCUUCAUUCACCAGGUAGCUUGAUCAGAUGCAGAGGCUCUUCAGAGCUGUUGCUGUUCCUUGAAAGGAAUGAGGAAAGCCAGUUAAAACUUUUCAUCAGGUAAAUCACAGGAAGGGUAUUUCCAACUUAUUGGAUCACAGGCUAAAGAUCUGUGAUUAUGUUGCCAGAUGAAAUCAGGUUAUCCAGUGCUUGAAUAGAGAAGAUUCAGCUUGGAUUAUCUGUAUGGGGUCUGCUGUCCUUUGCUGCCCCCUGGACCAGUGGACUGUUUAGGUCUGGUUAGGUCUGCCAUCAAACUCUCACUAGUCGUUCUUCAACACUCUUACUUCAGAUCUAUUGGCAGUUAUCUCCUAGUAGUGCUGAAGUGAAUAGAGCUGAGGGCGGGGAUACUAGUGGAGGGAAUAGGAAAGAAGACAAGAUUUGAUACUAUAGCAGGGUACCAGGGUAGAUAUUGAUCAGUUAAUUGAACUUGGACUGUGAAGUCUUCCCAUUUAUUUUUGAAAUGGGAUUUGAUGCCUUUUGUAUGUUAUCAAAGUGUAUCUCCUUUUUUUUUUUUUUUUUUCCCUUUACUCAAACAUAGAGUAUCAAAAUAAGUAUCACAAGUACAAAGCCAAACCCCAGUUUUUCUCUGGGGCUGUUAUCCUCCUUUCCAGGUUAUAACCUGCUACCCCUCAUUUCUCAGCAUUUUGGACUGUGUCAUGUGGGUAUUGUUUUUUUUGUUGUUGUUGUUGUUCAUUUGUUUUUUUCACUUCCUUGGCCUCACGAAAAUAGACCUAGAUCUAGUCAGAUGGAUUUUCUUCUUCAGAGCAUGUUGAUGGCACAGUACCUAUUUAAAUAUCUUUGCCUUAUACUUCAUUGUGUCCCUCAUGUGUAUUUACUAUUGAAGAAUGGGAAUGUGAUCGUCAUAGUUAUUGAUCUAUUUUAUAUGUUGUAUAAUGCUUGUAAUAUAGGUUUAAGGUGGGCGGGCUGCAAGAGCACUAAAACACCUCACCUUUUAAACUGCUCUUUUUAUCUGCUUGUGGGAAGGUUGUCUCUUCAGUGGAAGAUUGGGUGGUCUCAUGUUGAGGCUGUUGCCCAGUCCCAUUAAUCCCCCACCCCAUCCUCUCCCAGAAGGAAGAGACAUUGCCCAACUAAGCAUCAAGAAGCUGUGUUAAAAUUUAAGCCCUCCUGUGGGUUUGAUUUUUGUGAUGUUUUUCCCUAGUGGAAAAACUUAAUAGUUAUUUCUUAACACCCUUUUUGGGAAGCAGGGCAAUGGCCUCCGCAUUUUUAAAUGAGCUAGAUGCCCCUCAUCCUCUCUCCUGUGAUCACCAAGCCUGGAUCAAAGCACUUUUGAUACCCCAGGUGUGGCUUUCCCUAUCCUCUAGUUGCAAAGCUGCCAUCGUUUUUCACAAACCUGGGUCCAUAAAGGGUGAGCACCUAGGGCUCCUCUACCUAAUGGAUGUGAGGCUGCUGUCUUCAGGAAUUCGGCCCAACCCCCACUCCACCCCUCAUCCCCACCUAAACCCCCAGCUCACAAAGGCUGCCUGCUGGCCAUUGCACUGGGGGCAUCCCCACAUUCCAUGGCUUCCUAACUUGAAACCCAGAUUUACCUCCAAGGAGAGGUGAUAGAAAAUUGUAAAUAGACUUGCUACAGAGCAACUCAGGGUUGGGGUGUGUUUUAAUUCUCCUGAUCACUUGAAAUAAUCUGUAGGCUGAGUGCUUAUGGGAGUGGGGGAGAAGUGUGACUCCAGGGUCCUUCCCUUCUACAGAGAGCUGGGGGUGGAGUACAGGACAUCUGAGGCCCUUUGAUGGCACUACACUGAGCUGUCUGUCCUAGAAACCCAACCUACGAUCAACUGCAAAUCAGAUUCUUCACAUUCCAGUUGUAGUCUUUCCCUGUGGAAUCUCAGUUCCUAACUGUGUGGUCAAGGGAAUUUCUGUGAGCCACCCUAGUUUAGGGAGUGGAAGGCAUGACGACUGCCUCCCAAGACUCAUCUCUUAAAAGCAGAAUGAAACAAAACUACAACCACCUUCUAAACACAUACAAAAAAUAAAUUUUUAAAAAGUGCAACUGUUUGAACUGAAGGAAGGGUUGGGUUCCAUUCAACUCCACGUUCAUUGUGCCUUUACUUGUGUUAGAUUUCUGUGCUUCUGCCCUCUCUCCCUCUUUGAAGCAAUGAAAAUCUUCCUUGAUAACUGUCGUUUUCUCUUUCUGCUCUUGUUUCUUCUAACAACUUAGUGGGUUCCCUAGCUGAUCAUUUUAAACCUUAUAAAUUAUUUCCACCGGUGGCUGAGGGGGACUAGCCUUCUUUUCUCAAGUCUAACCUUGGUCCUUUCCCACAGUGACCACCAUGGAAGUCAUAGUCAACACUGAAUAUAAGACUACAAAGACGUGUGAAGAGAGUGAGUGAGUGAGCGUGUGUGUGUGUGUGUGUGUGUGUGUGUGUGUGUGUGCGCAUGCGUACACAUCUUUGCAUGUGUAUAACCUUCAUUCUUUUUUUUUAACCUUCAUUCUUUUGAAAAGAUAAUUUAUUGUAUGAUUUAUUAUAAGGUAUGUUCUGAUUACAGUAUUCCCUUUUCCAGUUAGCAGAGAUCCUCACCAACCCCUCCCCAUCCUAAAAUGUGUUACCUGGUCUCAGGUUGGAUUCUUUGGUACGUUUCUUUCUUCUGGAUGCCAUGCAGUUUAAUUAAACCUUGCUUAAAAACAAAACAACAAACUGAAAACUGUGUACUCUUGUCUGUUGGGAUACUGCCUUGAAUAGUGGCAUAGGUGGGGGCGAAAAUCCCUUGCCUCAGGUUAGUAUAGUGAUUUGACUCGAUGACUGAAGUGAAAGGCUUGUGUACUGACAGGCAAAAACAUUUGCAGCUUCUUGAGGAAUUUGUCUCCUCUGCUUCUGUGUUUUGAAAAUCAGAAUUGGGGAUUCAGGCGGUAGCACAGCGGGUUAAGCGCAUGUGGCGCAAAGCACAAGGACCGGCAUAAGGAUCGCGGUUCGAGCCCCUGGCUCCCCACCUGCAGGGGAGUCGCUUCACAAGCGGUGAAGCAGGUCUGCAGAUGUCUGUCUUUCUCUCCCCCUCUGUCUUCCUCCUCUCUCCAAUUUCUCUCUGUCCUAUCCAACAACGAUGAAAACAAUAAUUACAACAAUAAAACAACAAGGGCAACAAAAGGGAAUAAAUAAAUAAAUAAAAUCAAAAUUGUGGAGUGGGGUGGGGUGGUAGAAAGCAUAAUAGUUAUACAAAGAGACUCAUGCCUGAGGCUUUAAAGUCCCAGGUUCAACCCCCUGCACCACCAUAAGCUGGAGUUGAGCAGUGCUCCGAAAAGAAAGAAAGAAAAAGAAUUGUGGUUAGCCUUGCUGACCAAGUCAGUCAUUCUGAUACAAGUGGCCAUUUUAUAUUUGCACCCCCCCCCCAAUUCCUCUUGACUGGUGAUUUCAGAGAAACCAGGAGACCCUAUAACCUUGUAGGCCUCCUUUAUUAUAACCCUUAUGAUUUUUUGUACCUUUUUUUUUCUUUUUCUUUUUUGAUUUCUUUAUUGGGGGAUCAAUGGUAAUUUUUUUGUACCUUUAUUGCAAGACAGAGUCACAUCAGGGAGUGAAAGAGCUUACAGACUGCAUAUUUUUAUGUGGGUGUUGGCUAUUUUUCUUCCUGCUUUUUAGAUUGAAAUCUAAGCAGGCUUUCUUGAACUUUGACUGUAGGUGUAAGAUUGAACUAGACACUCAGCUUACUGUGGUCAGCCAGCAUAAUCACCACUAAUACUUAAUGAGCUUAACUUGCACUUUCAUCACUAGCAAAGGUCUUGAAAUUAUUUUCCAUACUGAUUCAUAAUGGGUGUGUGUAUGUGUCACUCUCACAUAACUUAGAUAUAAAAACCCAUAUAAGAGAGGGAAGGGCUCCUUUCAUUUCCUUAUAUAUAUUUUUCAGAUUGGCUUGGAUUCUUAGUUAUUUGAUCCAUCAUUGUUAUUAAUAUGGUUAAUAAACUAUUGAUUUAAUU